ACUAUUCUGUAAUAGCGGUAGAAUUUCCAGAAAUCAUUUACUAAACAUGUAUUUCGAGAAAUAAGUUAUUGCUCGAUUAGAUAUGUUGGUCUUAUUACAUGACUUUUUCAAAUUAUAAAGAAUAGUAUGAAAAUAAUAUGCGUUUUCUGCCUCUGUAUAUAGAAAUAAUUGUCAUUACAUGAAUGAACCUGAAAACUCAGGGAGGAAAUGCAAAAUACUGGAUAUAACCAUAUUAACCAAGAAAAAUCUUUUUCAGUAUAACUCGUUUAAAGAGAAAAGUUCAGGAUCUUGAAACACGCUUAGAGUUAAAAGUACCGGUGGAGCAGAUGAAGAAUCAGUCAACAGCUGGUUACUAUCAUUUGCAUCAUUUACAACAGCUCUGUAAAGAUGAAGAACGUUUAUUAAAAGAAUGGCAACGCGAUUUGAAAGACAGUGUUCCUUUGUCUCAAGAGGAGAUAAAGCAAAGUGAAGAAGCUGAAGAUGCGGAUAUUAAGGGUGACAAAAUAAAGUUUUCAGGAACACACCUCACUGGUGACAAAAAGAGAAUAUAUGACGAUUUGGGUACAUCUAAGAUGUUGACACAAGACAAGAUAAGACCUUCAGAGAUCCAUUUAAGGCACGCAAAGGGUAUGGCUUUGAAAGAAUAUGAUGAGAAAACACAGCAAGCCUUGACAGAAAUGCUUCGACCAGGUCUGCCUUGCUAGUUGAAAGUACUGACCUAAAAUUUGAUGAACAGGCAAUCAAAUCUCACUAUAAUAUAUUGGUUUCCGAUCAACUUUUUGAGCGUGACUCAAAUAUUGUGGAAGACAUUAAGGCGUUCUUGUCAGAGUUAACUUCAAAUCUUAAAACAAAACUGAUUGAGAAUUCUAAACUACAAGGCAAAUUAGAACAAGCAUCAAGUGUAUACCUAAAACAGCUACGUGAAGAUGAACUGAAACGUAGUAUGUUUCUUAAACUACAUAAGGAAAAGGAUCGAGAAGAGAGCGGGCCUAUCAGGGUUUAUAAGGAACGUAUUUCGACGUCUUCACAACUACAUCGUGAAACAAAACUGACUGAGGACCCUAAACUACAAGGCAAAAUAGAACACGCAUUGAGAGUAUCCCUAAAGCAACCAGAUGAAGGCGAACUGAAACAAAGUAUGUCUCUUAAACAACAUAAGGGAAACUAUCUAGAAGAGAGCGGACCUACCAAAGUUCAAGAUGAACAGAUGUCGAUACCUUUACAACUACAUAUCAAAGUUCAAGACGAACAGAUUUCGACUGCGUCUUUACACCUACGAGGUGGACGUAUAACUUUGUGGUGUAUUCAACGGAUACAGGUUCAUUUCGAGCGCAUAACUGUCCAACUGAACCGGAUGAAUUUGUCUUUCUCUCAAGUGAACAAGAGUUUAAAUUACAUUGGAAAUGUAAAUAAAAAUGAUACCAUCCGAAAAUCCUUAGAUAUUCCAACUUUAACAAAGGAAUGGUCUCAAGUUAGACAGCUUGCACAGGAUUGCCAAAAAUCAAAUGAUAUGAUGAAGGAUAGACACCGACUGUCUAGAAGUCGGCUAGAUUAUGAAAGAGUGGAAACGUUAAGAGAUAUAUUAAAAGAGUUGGAAACAAAUAUUUGAUGUUGAUUCAUUUCUUCAAGAAAGGAAUAAGACUGUGCUCUAAAAGGACCAAUUUAAAACACAAAUAUGACAUUUGUACUUGAAAGUUUUUGAAGCAAACUCGAAGGCGAUUUAAUUCAAGUUUCAAGAGCUUGUUUUAUAAUCAAGCUUUUAAUAGAAUAUGAUAACACAUUAAGACUGGGUUAAAAAUUGGCAUACUUAAAUAUUGUUUGUAUUCAGAAACUUUCUAAUGUUAACACUCUUUACAUACAAAAACUAUAAAUUAUUAUGUUAUGAUAUAAAAUGUAGCUACUUGUAGCUUUGAUACUAUCAUGAUUGAAAGGUUUGUAUAUAUUUGCAUUGUUUUAUGUGAAUUAUGAAUAAAUGAUAAUACAUGUAUAUUUGAACGAGUAAUGGGAAAUGGUUACUGAACUACUUGAUGUUGGUUUUGAUACGUUUGUUAUAAUGCACUUUUGUUAUGAUACUAUGAUAGAUUACACUAUCAUUUUUGACUGAGUUGCAUAUAUGAUGCUGUCUGGUUUUGUUUUAUUUGUAUCAAUUUGUUAAAUAUUAAUACGAAAAUGUAUGUUUUGAAGAAGUAUUUGAUUCACACAAAGCUAGCCUUCUUCUUAAGAUAGAUGAGAUAGUGCCUCAAAUGGGCGCAAAUUAUUGAAACGCUUAAAAUAUGAUGUAAGGAUCACGCCAAGUAACAUAUACGUUACAUCUAUGUAACACAUAUGAGAGCUGUAGCACUUAAUAUGACACAUAUUAAUAACGAGAUAAAAAAUUGUACCAAUUUAGUACAAAAUGCUCAUUUCACUCCUUAUUUGCGUAACAUUUGUAGCAGUGCUGAAACAAAAAAUUAACAAGGUUGUACACGGUAACAUAUAUAAUAUUAAUUCCGAGUUUGUCCAUUUAAGGGCUCAUGUUGAAACACUUGUAGAUAGACGACAGCAAAUACAUUUCAACAAAAUACCACCAUCACACUUAUUUGUUGAUUGCCCUUGGUUGAGGUCGAACAAUCUUACAAACAAUUAUAUCCUUUUAAUUAAUUAUUUAAUUACUGUUUUAGUUGAUUGCCCUUAAUCAUGGACAUGCUGAAUUGGUUUGUAGCAGCCGUAGGUAAACAAGCUUCCGUUAAAGCUCGCUUGAUUUUAAUUUAGAAACGCUUAAAUAGAAAAAAAAAUAUGUAAAAACGCUUUACUUAUAUCAUUUGACCAUCGGAGUCCCAUAAAUGAGUUUUAAACAUCACAUUACGAAAACAAUAAAAUAUGUUU